AUGGUCUUUAUCCUAAUAACAAUUUGCACAUGGCUCUUUUCCGCGAGCCUGGUGCACGCACAGCAAGGCCAGAGCCGAAACGCGACUUCUCUUGAAAUCUAUUCCGGAGCUGACUUGGUGAAGGCCAUCGCGGCCACGUCGGGCCCUGAAACGCUGCUGCUGGCAAGUGACUACACAUGGCUCACGGCGGCGGAUUUUGCGGGCAAGCUGCGCCUCGGAAACGGUGUAACUCUGACACUUCGCUGGGCGAUCCUCUUGGAUUUGUUUGACGACGUUAGCAGCGGCGCGUCGACAGAGCUCUUUGCACAAAUGCCGGACGGCAUGGUGGGUACCAUGGCCCUCCAGCACGCUGCCUAUUCGGCUGGGUGGUGCUACCCGCCGGAGUUUGUAAGUGGGUUCAUAGGUUUGAGCGCGCGGCCUGACUCCAUCCCAGGCAUAAAUACCUACAAUGCUUCGGCAGACAUUCCAGGUGGCUUGAGGGCUAUGGGUGGAGGCCUGUAUGGCGUCGGCACUGGUGCCGCCGUCGGUUGUACGACGGACAUUUUCGCGCCACCGAUGCGCCGGUGCUGGGGUCACGUUGCGUACUGCCAAGAUUUCGCCGUGCGCGGCGGAGUGUACAAUGAAAACCGGCAAUACGUGAGAAACGGUUACCUGGUGCACUUGGUCGAUACUUACAUGCUGUGCAAAAAGCUUCUGGACCUGUCAUGCCUAAUCAUCUACUCACCUUACGGUUGUCUAAAGCGGCAGCAAAUCAUAUUAAGCAGCAGCAACAUGAACAACACGAGCAACACCACCACCACAGCUGCGCCAGGGGGGUCAGUGCCGGGCGCCAACCGAUACGUUCCUGUGCCCUCCGGCACUGGGCCAGCUGAUCCCGCGCUCCAGGCGCCCAGCGGAGAGCACCUCCAAAGGGCCAUGCCGGCUGUGCUGACAGGGUCGAUUGUUGGGGGCCUCGCGAUGAUGGCGGCGGUAGCGGCGGUAGCGGCUUUUGCCGUUAUCUCCACCCGACGGCGGCGGGAGCAGCAACAGCAGCAGCCAGCCAAGGAGAGCCGCUCAUCGUACGACAGCCAGAUGUGCGAUUUUAUGGCCGUUGCCGGGAGCUCCGUCAACAGAUUCCCGUCGGAGAGAUGCCUUUCCUUUGGACUGAGGAGCAGCCCCGAUCAGGGCUUAGGAAAUGUCGGCGAGAAGAGAAGGGGUAUCAAGGACGCGGCCUUGGCGGUCGAUGCGAAGAUGGCGGCGGCGGCGGCGGCGGCGGCCGUCAUCACCGCAGGCCGAGAUAAGAAUUGCGCCGACGCCGCCACUACUACUACAGGCAAUAACAGCAGCGAAUGUGACCUGGGCAGCGAUGUGCCGGUGCACCCGUCGCGAGGUCCCGCAGGUCUCAACUUUAAGCCGGCGGCGGCGCCGCCGCCUCCUUUGCAGCACGACCAGCAGGAGUCUGCAGAUAAGCAACAAGCUCAAGCCUUUGGUGCAGAGCAUGGAGCGCCGCAGGCUCGAGCAGUGCAGCUGUGGCAAGACCCUGACCAGAAGGUGACGUUGCUGCCCACCGUACGGGGCAAGGGCUCCUAUGGCAAGGUGUGCGAAGGGCUGUACGGCAAUCAGCGUGUGGCGGUCAAACUGGUUCGUGAGUUUUUUGCCGGCAACGGUCACAGCGCAUCGGACGAGAUCGCCAAGACGUUUGCGCAGGAAGUUGAGGUGUUGGGGCGGUGCUGCCACCCCAAUGUUGUCCGGCUAUUGGCGGCGUGCAUCCAGCCGCCGCAGUUUUGCCUGGUGAUGGAGCUCAUGGAGACGAGUUUGCAAAGGCUUGUGUUUGGGGGCACCAAGAAGCAGCUCUUGCCACUGCCCAUGGUCCUGCACAUAGGAUGUGAAAUUGCACAAGCUCUGGCGUACUUGCAUCCCACUAUCGUGCACCGAGAUCUGAAGCCCGACAACGUCCUCCUCAGCAAGGUUAACACGCCGGAGCCUAUUGUUAAAGUCUCGGACUUUGGGUUAUCCAGGCUUCGCUGCACCGUCGCCUCCACGAAGCACCCCGAGGCGGGCACGGGACGAACAUGCGGAGAGCGCGUAUCUGCGGGGUGCCAGGGUAGGCUGCUCAGACCAUUCUCUGGGGCGGUGAUGCUGGUGGCGCUGGUUAAAAGUACUAAAUGUUUCGACUUGUGUAACAAGUGCAUUACACAUCAUGUCGACAUCUACUCUUGGGCGGUGGUGAUGUGGACGAUGCUGUGUGGCGUUGAACCUUGGAAGGGCUGCGGGAUCGUGGAGAUCGCAUAUCGAGUAACCUUGCUGGACGAGCGGCUGCUCCUGGACAACGCGGUGGCCGCCGGGCGGUGCCCCCCGCGGCUGCAGCGGCUGCUGAUUCGCUGCUGGGACAGGGUCCCGGAUAGUCGGCCAGCGGCGUCAGAGAUUGUCAAAGAGAUAAUGCUGAUUAUGCAGCACCAAGAAUGUCCGACCAGAAGGAACGACUUGGAUGCCAAGUAUAUGGCCACUUCACCGCACUCCGUGCUGAAUCGUAUUCGGGAGUACCAAGACGCAGCGACCGCGGCGGCGGCGGCGGCCACCAGUACGACAUCGGUGGCAGGCACCGCCUCACUCGAGGACGUCGCCGUCGUGCCUGCAGACGCCAACGCCCAUAUGGCACCCUUUGCUAAAGCACCUGUAGCAGGUGCAUCAGCAGCACGAGCAGCUUGCAGCACCGCUGCCGCUAGUGACGUGUAUCAGGGCAUCGAUGUGGGGGUUUUGGCAGGAGCUGUAGCAGCGGUUGGAUUGAGUGCGACGACGGCAGCGGCGGCGGGGUCAGGCCACCAUCAAGGCAUAACCGGCGAUGGGGACGUUCCUCCUCAAAGCAGCUACGUCGCCGCUGGCAGCGCCGCCGCUGCCGUCAUUCCGCGCGUUAGCACAGGGGACCUCUUGGAGGUUUCGCUGUACGACAAGGACGACCUUCAUGGCGGAGCUGCAGCUGACGCAGCCCAUGGUGCUUUGGGCUCCGGCCCCAGCAGUCCUGUGGGCUGUGGUCACCCUACCGGCGGCGGCGGCAGCAGCAGCAGCAGCAGCGGCUCGUGUGUCCCCUUCGUCCCAGAGAGGCUGACCCCUGGCUUGAGUCCACUUCCUCCGCCGGUAUCGUUGUCGGCCGGCUCCUUCGGUCGCACGAGGUGGUUCUCUGCAGAGUCCGUCCGUGUGAUGGUGGGUCCAACAACAACGACAGCGGCAACAGCGACAGGAGCAGAUGCUGCAGCAUUCUUGAAGAGACCACCAAACCAGUAG